CCCUGAAUAAAUAUUUGCUGAUUGAGAGGAGACUGUGACUGUGCAGUAUCGACAUGUUUGGAUUUAUCAAGAAGUCUGGACAGUCAUUUGGUUCAUAGGAAAGUGUCCCGUUCACUUCUGAUCCGUGGUGUUUGAUAAGUGGCAGAACUAUGGACCAUCCUCUGGUGUGGGUUCUCAUCCUGGUGCUGCUCAACUUCAAUACAGAUGUCUCUGGCCAGGUGGUGGUUCCCUCGAUGAACCCCUUAGCUGUGGGCAGUAAUGUCACCCUGAACCUAGUUCCUCAAAGCUCCAUCAACAUAGGGACCUGGUCAUAUGAAACUACAACCAUUGUACUUUUCUAUCCUGGUGGCAGUAGUGUGAGUACAAGUUAUCAAGGCAGAGUCUCAUUCAACCGCUCCUCCGCAGAGCUGUCCAUAAGCUCUCUCCAACUCAACGACUCAGGUCUGUAUACCGUGCAGGGAAUGGAGCCAGUCCUGACCGCUGUGGUGACCUUGUCUGUCCAGGAGCCCAUUUCAAACGUGACUCUAAGAGCCAACGCCACUGAUCUAGUGGAAUUAAACGACACUGCUAUUUUCACCUGCUCCGUCUCCUCUGGUACCUCCCUCUCCUACCGCUGGAUGAAUGGCAGCUCAGAGGUUGCAGCCAGUGACCGAGUUCAGCUUGGUGUUGGGAACAGCACUCUCUCCAUAGUCAGUGUGACACGAUACGAUGAAGGGCCGUUCAGAUGUGAGGUCAUCAAUGGAAUCAGCAAUGGCACCAGCCAGCCCAUUGGCCUCAAUGUUAGAUAUGGCCCAAGUAAACUCACCAUGAUGGUAGUUCCUGAGAUGAUCAUAGGACAUACAGCCUACAUGAUGGGCUCUGUCAUCACUCUGUCCUGCUCCGCUCAGUCCAAACCCGCUGUGUCCUACAAGUGGAGGUUUAAUGGGGUGUUCCUCAACGAGCAAAGUCCACAGCUGAGCCUGCAGAACACCAGGGAGAACCAGACAGGAAGUUACGCCUGCUUAGCCCACAACAAUGUCACACUCCGAUACGCCACCAUGACCACAAUGAUAAAGAUUGUGGAGCCGAUUUCAGCGGUGUCGUUGAACCGUGAUGGGAAGCCACCGAUACUGGAUCAGUCGUUCACUCUGCGGUGUGAGGUGACUGGACCUGUAGACUACAUUCACUGGUUGAUUAACGGCCAGGUCAUCUCCCUAAACAACAGAACAUUCUUCUCUACGGACAACAAGACAAUGGUUAUCAACCCAAUCCAGUUUUCUGACAGUGGAGAAUAUCUCUGUGAGGCCUUUAAUGCUGUCAGUAACAAGACCAGCAUGACAUACACGCUUGUGGUGAACUAUGGACCAGAGAAACCUGAUGUAACUAGUCCAGAUAUAGCAAUGACAGGACACAUCGUGACCUUCAACUGCUCUGCCUCCUCUCAGCCUCCCAGCCAGUUCAGCUGGUUCUUCAAUGGCUCCCAGGUGGAGACUGGCUCAGUGUAUGAGACUGACCCACUGACCUUAGCCAGUCAUGGGGAGUACACCUGUGUGUCCUUCAACAACGUCACUGGCAGAAACAGCACUGUCUCCAAGAUGCUCAUUGUCAUUGAACCAGUCUCCAUGGCCAUGGUGAAAGUCAUGGGUGCCCAACCAAUAGCAGACAACAUGUUUUCUCUGACGUGUGAGACCACUGGAACCAUUUACUCCAUUCACUGGAUGAAGAACGGCUGGCCUCUGUAUGCUGAUAACAGAACAGACUUCUCUAUGAACAACAAUACACUUACCUUCAACUCUGUCCAGGAUUCUGACAACGGAGGCUAUCAGUGUUCUGCCUACAACCCCCUCAGCAACAUGACCAGCACAGAAUACAGACUGAUCGUCAACUAUGGUCCAGAGAGACCUGUUAUCAUGAGUCCGGACAUAGCGAUGACAGGAUACAUCGUGACCUUCAACUGCUCUGCCUCCUCUCAGCCUCCCAGCCAGUUUAGCUGGUUCUUCAAUGGCUCCCAGGUGGAGACUGGCUCAGUGUAUGAGACUGACCCACUGACCUUAGCCAGUCAUGGGGAGUACACCUGUGUGGCUUUCAACAACAUCACUGACAGAAACAGCACUGCCUCCAAGAUGCUCACCAUCAUUGCACCUGUGACCAUGACCACGGUGAAAGUCAUUGGAGCCCAGCCAAUACUGAACGAGAGAUUCUCUCUGACCUGUGAGACCGCUGGAACGGUUUACUCCAUUCAGUGGAUGAGGAACGGCUGGCCUCUGUAUGCUGACAACAGAACAGACUUCUCUAUGAACAACAAUACACUGACCUUCAACUAUGUCCAGGAUUCUGACAUCGGAGACUAUCAAUGUUCUGCUUCCAACCCCCUCAGCAACAUGACCAGCUCAAACUACAGACUGAUCGUCAACUAUGGACCAGAGAUGCCUGUUAUAACAGGACCAGCAUUAGGAGAAACAGGACACAACGUGACCUUCAACUGCUCUGCCUCCUCUCAGCCUCCCAGCCAGUUCAGCUGGUUCUUCAAUGGCUCCCAGGUGGUGACUGGCUCAGUGUAUGAGACUGACCCACUGACCUUAGCCAGUCAUGGGGAGUACACCUGUGUGGCCUUCAACAACGUCACUGGCAGAAACAGCACUGUCUCCAAGAUGCUCAUUGUCAUUGAACCAGUCUCCAUGGCCAUGGUGAAAGUCAUGGGUGCCCAACCAAUAGCAGACAACAUGUUUACUCUGACGUGUGAGACCACUGGAACCAUUUACUCCAUUCACUGGAUGAAGAACGGCUGGCCUCUGUAUGCUGAUAACAGAACAGACUUCUCUAUGAACAACAAUACACUUACCUUCAACUCUGUCCAGGAUUCUGACAACGGAGGCUAUCAGUGUUCUGCCUACAACCCCCUCAGCAACAUGACCAGCACAGAAUACAGACUGAUCGUCAACUAUGGUCCAGAGAGACCUGUUAUCAUGAGUCCGGACAUAGUGAUGACAGGAUACAUCGUGACCUUCAACUGCUCUGCCUCCUCUCAGCCUCCGAGCCAGUUUAGCUGGUUCUUCAAUGGCUCCCAGGUGGAGACUGGCUCAGUGUAUGAGACUGGCCCACUGACCUUAGCCAGUCAUGGGGAGUACACCUGUGUGGCCUUCAACAACGUCACUGGCAGAAACAGCACUGUCUCCAAGAUGCUCAUUGUCAUUGAACCAGUCUCCAUGGCCAUGGUGAAAGUCAUGGGUGCCCAACCAAUAGCAGACAACAUGUUUUCUCUGACGUGUGAGACCACUGGAACCAUUUACUCCAUUCACUGGAUGAAGAACGGCUGGCCUCUGUAUGCUGAUAACAGAACAGACUUCUCUAUGAACAACAAUACACUUACCUUCAACUCUGUCCAGGAUUCUGACAACGGAGGCUAUCAGUGUUCUGCCUACAACCCCCUCAGCAACAUGACCAGCACAGAAUACAGACUGAUCGUCAACUAUGGUCCAGAGAGACCUGUUAUCAUGAGUCCGGACAUAGCGAUGACAGGAUACAUCGUGACCUUCAACUGCUCUGCCUCCUCUCAGCCUCCCAGCCAGUUUAGCUGGUUCUUCAAUGGCUCCCAGGUGGAGACUGGCUCAGUGUAUGAGACUGACCCACUGACCUUAGCCAGUCAUGGGGAGUACACCUGUGUGGCUUUCAACAACAUCACUGACAGAAACAGCACUGCCUCCAAGAUGCUCACCAUCAUUGCACCUGUGACCAUGACCACGGUGAAAGUCAUUGGAGCCCAGCCAAUACUGAACGAGAGAUUCUCUCUGACCUGUGAGACCGCUGGAACGGUUUACUCCAUUCAGUGGAUGAGGAACGGCUGGCCUCUGUAUGCUGACAACAGAACAGACUUCUCUAUGAACAACAAUACACUGACCUUCAACUAUGUCCAGGAUUCUGACAUCGGAGACUAUCAAUGUUCUGCUUCCAACCCCCUCAGCAACAUGACCAGCUCAAACUACAGACUGAUCGUCAACUAUGGACCAGAGAUGCCUGUUAUAACAGGACCAGCAUUAGGAGAAACAGGACACAACGUGACCUUCAACUGCUCUGCCUCCUCUCAGCCUCCCAGCCAGUUCAGCUGGUUCUUCAAUGGCUCCCAGGUGGUGACUGGCUCAGUGUAUGAGACUGACCCACUGACCUUAGCCAGUCAUGGGGAGUACACCUGUGUGGCCUUCAACAACGUCACUGGCAGAAACAGCACUGUCUCCAAGAUGCUCAUUGUCAUUGAACCAGUCUCCAUGGCCAUGGUGAAAGUCAUGGGUGCCCAACCAAUAGCAGACAACAUGUUUACUCUGACGUGUGAGACCACUGGAACCAUUUACUCCAUUCACUGGAUGAAGAACGGCUGGCCUCUGUAUGCUGAUAACAGAACAGACUUCUCUAUGAACAACAAUACACUUACCUUCAACUCUGUCCAGGAUUCUGACAACGGAGGCUAUCAGUGUUCUGCCUACAACCCCCUCAGCAACAUGACCAGCACAGAAUACAGACUGAUCGUCAACUAUGGUCCAGAGAGACCUGUUAUCAUGAGUCCGGACAUAGUGAUGACAGGAUACAUCGUGACCUUCAACUGCUCUGCCUCCUCUCAGCCUCCGAGCCAGUUUAGCUGGUUCUUCAAUGGCUCCCAGGUGGAGACUGGCUCAGUGUAUGAGACUGGCCCACUGACCUUAGCCAGUCAUGGGGAGUACACCUGUGUGGCCUUCAACAACGUCACUGGCAGAAACAGCACUGUCUCCAAGAUGCUCAUUGUCAUUGAACCAGUCUCCAUGGCCAUGGUGAAAGUCAUGGGUGCCCAACCAAUAGCAGACAACAUGUUUACUCUGACGUGUGAGACCACUGGAACCAUUUACUCCAUUCACUGGAUGAAGAACGGCUGGCCUCUGUAUGCUGAUAACAGAACAGACUUCUCUAUGAACAACAAUACACUUACCUUCAACUCUGUCCAGGAUUCUGACAACGGAGGCUAUCAGUGUUCUGCCUACAACCCCCUCAGCAACAUGACCAGCACAGAAUACAGACUGAUCGUCAACUAUGGUCCAGAGAGACCUGUUAUCAUGAGUCCGGACAUAGUGAUGACAGGAUACAUCGUGACCUUCAACUGCUCUGCCUCCUCUCAGCCUCCCAGCCAGUUCAGCUGGUUCUUCAAUGGCUCCCAGGUGGAGACUGGCUCAGUGUAUGAGACUGACCCACUGACCUUAGCCAGUCAUGGGGAGUACACCUGUGUGGCUUUCAACAACAUCACUGACAGAAACAGCACUGCCUCCAAGAUGCUCACCAUCAUUGCACCUGUGACCAUGACCACGGUGAAAGUCAUUGGAGCCCAGCCAAUACUGAACGAGAGAUUCUCUCUGACCUGUGAGACCGCUGGAACGGUUUACUCCAUUCAGUGGAUGAGGAACGGCUGGCCUCUGUAUGCUGACAACAGAACAGACUUCUCUAUGAACAAUACACUGACCUUCAACUAUGUCCAGGAUUCUGACAUCGGAGACUAUCAAUGUUCUGCUUCCAACCCCCUCAGCAACAUGACCAGCUCAAACUACAGACUGAUUGUCAACUAUGGACCAGAGGCGCCUGUUAUAACAGGACCAGCAUUAGGAGAAACAGGACACAACCUGACCUUCAACUGCUCUGCCUCCUCUCAGCCUCCCAGCCAGUUCAGCUGGUUCUUCAAUGGCUCCCAGGUGGUGACUGGCUCAGUGUAUGAGACUGGCCCACUGACCUUAGCCAGUCAUGGGGAGUACACCUGUGUGGCCUUCAACAACGUCACUGGCAGAAACAGAACUGUCUCCAAGAUUCUCACUGUUGUUGAACCAGUCACCAUGACCAUGGUGAAAGUCAUGGGAUCCCAGCCAAUACUGAACCAGACAUUCUCUCUGACCUGUGAGACCACUGGAACCAUUUACUCCAUUCAGUGGAUGAGGAACGGCUGGCCUCUGUAUGCUGACAACAGAAUAGACUUCUCUAUUGACAAUAAUACACUGACCUUCAACUCUGUCCAGCAUUCUGACAAAGGAGACUAUCAGUGUUCUGCCUACAACCCCUUCAGCAACAUGACCAGCACAGACUACAGACUGAUCGUCAACUAUGGUCCAGAGAGACCUGUUAUCAUGAGUCCGGACAUAGCGAUGACAGGAUACAUCGUGACCUUCAACUGCUCUGCCUCCUCUCAGCCUCCCAGCCAGUUUAGCUGGUUCUUCAAUGGCUCCCAGGUGGAGACUGGCUCAGUGUAUGAGACUGACCCACUGACCUUAGCCAGUCAUGGGGAGUACACCUGUGUGGCCUUCAACAACCUCACUGUCAGAAACAGCACUGUCUCCAAGAUGCUCACCAUCAUUGAGGCUAUAACGUCGGUGACGGUGAAACGAAACAAAUUACCAAUAGCAUCUGACAACCUAACCCUGACCUGUGUUGUCACCGGGCACUAUGACACCAUCUACUGGAUGAAGGACAACCUGUCUCUGGUCCUGAACAACACCUUGAACUCUGACAUCACCAUCUCUAACAACUCUUUGCACUUCAGUCCAGUCAAGGUGUCUAACGAUGGAAACUAUCAGUGCGUCGCCACCAACCUCUUUGGUCCAAACACCAGCCCUAAAUACCAGCUACUGGUGAACUAUGGCCCUAAGAGUGUGAAUAUCUCUGGCCCAGUCUCAGUGGUGAUUGGCUCAGUAACCACAGUUACACUGAAGUGCUCUGCCGACUCAAGGCCAAUCAGCGAGUACGGGUGGAAAUUCAACAAUCAAUCAGUGUUUGGGACUGGACCUAUGAUCGCUGUUAUUGCCUCCUUGGAGAAUGCAGGGGACUACACUUGUGUGGCCAAGAACCCUGUGACCAACAUCUCAACGUCCAAGACCAUUAGUCUGGAUGUUACUGGCCACUCGAAUGCCCCUCCAUUCCAGGCCAGAGUUGGUCUGAUGCUAACAGCCCUGCUAGCUCUCUCUCUCUGCCUCUGAUCAAGCACUGAGACCACCACAGUAAGCACACUGCAUGUCUUUCUGUUGGUUGGGAGCCAAUAACUCCCUUCCCUCUACCCUCACUGACUCACAUUGUUGAUCUGAAAAAGGACCGGAUAGGAAUAAGUGGUAUUGUAGAUAUUGUAAUUGCCCCAUCUUGUCACCAUAGGGCUGGGUUUAGUAUGCUCAGCUCCUUUCCAAUGCUUUUAGAUUGUGAGGAGAGAGUCAACAAGAGGUCAGAUGGGAGGGGUCUAUCCCCUUAGAAUAGAACCCACCUCUACAGUGUGUUCAAUCAUCUCUAUAAAUAAAAACCAAAAUCUUGAAAACUGGUCUUCAACACGGUCAUUGAAUGGGCAAACAUCUACUGCUCAGCUGUGCUGCCUAUUUCUGUUUCUAAUGAAAUGUUCUUAGAUAUUCACUGCCCUUAUGACUGUGACUAUUGCCCUUUCUGUGUUUGAUGAUGUAUGUAAACUCUGUUCAAGUACAAAUUCUGGUUUAUUUAACUUAUAAAUACCUUUAAGUUAAAAUGUUUCAAACGAUAAUACAUUUAGCUGGUGUUUAUGUUUAACAUGGGUUGUUAUUCACAUUAAAUGUAUAAGCUUGUAAAUCCUCAGAGGAGAUGCAGGCUUGUGCUAUUGUCUUAUAUUUAUAUUGCCUCUUCAUGAAUUAUUGUCUUAAAUAAAGUGGUCUUUUAACAUCUGUAUUACUGAA